AAUGGCGACCAACUUUAUUUCGUGAUAUUAAUUGAAAGCUAAAUUACAUUAAACGUAUUUUAGCUGUAUAGUAAUAAAAAUACAAUGUAAGUGAUUUAUUUAGCUUUAGUUUCAUUGAACAACUACUUAUAUCUUAACAAAUUUACUGUUAAAAUUCUUGAGUUGAAUAUAAACACUUGUCUAAGUUGUGAGUCAGUGACUGUGACAGCACUCUUUUACUUUUAAAUUUUAAGUCUUUUACUUUUACCCAAUUUUCAAUCUCAAUCAGUGUCUCAGUUCACCUCGGACUUUUUGGUUCCUGUUUAUUCUGUCCAUACAUGCCAGCCUGUGUUGUGGGAUAAAAAAAACUGUACAAAAAGUACCUACAAACUGUGUAACAGCAUGAUGAAAAAUGUACAGAAAAACUGAAAAGUAAAAAAAAAAAGGAUAAGGAUGAUUUUAUAAUUUUAAUUAGAUCUAUAAAUCUAUAUAUUAUUUUUGAAUAAAGGCAAUUUUAAAAAAAAUCAAAACACAAGUGAUAAGUGUCAUUGUUGAUUUUGCAUUGUAAAAUAUAUUUGGUUAUAUCAUCAUUAUUAUUAAGUCUAUUUCUUAAACUUAAAUCGGUUUGGAAUUUUUUCAACAUUUAGACGAAAGAUCUCCUGUAUGCUAUAAUCACAGGAGAAAUGAAACAUUGUUUAUUCCAGCGUAUUUGGUCAGUCACUCAUUUAAUAAAUUCCCCAGGUGUGUUUCUAAUUCCAACUUUCUUUUUUUAAAAUUAGGUUUCUCCUAUUUAAUUAAAAGUUUCCACCUGGAGUAAAAUAAUAAAUAGAAAAAGAAAAAAAAGGUAAUUAACAAUUCUCAUAUUGAUUUUGGCUCUAAAUUAACAAAAAAAAAUAUAGUUAGUAUUGUAUGGCCCACUAUUAAAAGUUAAAGUGAAAAAAAUUGCAGCCACCUUAGCUUUAGAAAGUGUUGACAAGCUCGAGACUUUAGUUUAAGAAAGUGUUGACACAUUCACAUUAAAUUAGGUUAUGCAAUAGUGAUAUAUAUGCCUAAAUGCUAACGCUAUUAAUUGUUAGUGAUAUCAAAAUUAUUUAAUUAUUUUUUAAUAAAUGUGCUAAUACUCUGUAUUUUCUGUUAUCUGGGUCAGUACCUAGCUCAGCCUACUGAGCAUAUUGGCCACCUUACAUUCAUAACAAUGUUUCUCCAUUCUCCAUGUAAACUUUCUAGAAUUUAAGCACAUUUAGGGUACCAUACUUCAUAUAGGCUAAUUAAAGCCAAUGGCUGAGUAGUUGAAUUAUGUUAUUUUUUAAAAACUUUAUAAAUAUUAGUUCAGUUAGGCCUAAUUAAUAAGAUAAGUAAUGCGCCUUUCUCCCCCCUCCCCCCCCCCUCCUCCCUUUCUCCCAACCAAGUUUUAUUAGUCUAAUAAUUAGGAAAGCCUACUCACUGAAUUACUGACUCAAAAUUGAAACUGAUAGUGAGGCUGACUAUAAGAAAACUACUAAUAUUACUUUAUUGACAGUGGUAGCACAAUGUACAUCCUUUACUUGCUGAUUUUAGUAUUUACCUACAUAGAAAUAGGUCUCAUUAAGUUGAGUAAGGUGAGGAAUCAGUAGGAAGGAACUGUUAACCCCCUCUUAGAAUGUCAGAGUCAUUGAGGUAUUUAACAUGAUACAUUACAAACCUAAAAAAAAGAAGUAGCAACCUGCAAUAAAAAUAAAAUCUAAGUGGUGUUUUUAUUAUGGAAAAUGUGAAAUAAUAUUCACAAUUAUUAUGCUUGUGUAAAAAUCUAUCCUUAAACUACUUACACAUGAUAAUUUGAGAUUAGUGAAACACUCUGGCUGGAGACUUUGCUCAAGAGCUAUGGUAAUUAAUUUAAAUUUUAACUGCAAAAAGGGUGUAGAUUAAGAUAAGAUGUUUUGUUUUCCCCCCAAAACUUAAUGAAAAAAAUGCAUUUUUUUUUCCAAGUUUUAGCUUUACAUACCUUUGUGUAUUAUUGAGUAUUUUUUUUGUCUUCAAAUGUUAUAAACGUUUUGCAAUUCUCAUGUCCAUUUCUUAGAUCUAGUGAGCAUGCCAGACUCGUUGACGCACAAUGAAGCUUGAUGAAUUUGAAAUCCGAUUUGACAACCCUAGAGGUGUCUUCUGUGCUGGAGAAAAUGUCAGUGGAAAUGUUGUUGUCAAAUUGACAAAGCCUAUGAAGAUGAGAUGUAAGCACUACUAAUAAUUCAAUUAACUACUUAGAACCUUUCAUGUUGUAUUCAGAAUAAUUCAUUCCCAUUCGGUUCUAGUUCAGUCAAUGUUUUAUUUUUUAAUUGUUAAAAAAAGAUGUAUAUAAUUUUUUUGUCUGGCAAUACUUGUUAAAAAUAGCACUAUUUCAAUUAAAUAAAUCCUAAGUAAUCACAAAAAAGUGUUCAUUUUUAAAGUUGAUUUUCUUAUAAAUGGAUCUUAUUUAAGGAAAAUAUUGAUCAUUCUAUAUAGUGGUGCAGUAUAAUGCAUUUAAAUGGUUAAAUAAUUUCAAAAUGAUAUUAUUUUCUAUCAAGGUUUAACACUGUACUUUGAGGGGCGUGCCAAGUCACAUUGGGAGGUAAAGCAGGGUCGUAGCAAAACCGAUUACAGGGCUGGUGAAAACUACAUAAAUCACACAGUUACGCUCUAUGGCACAGGUAAGAUUUUGCUGGAUCAGAUCCAAACAACUUUUUUCAAAUUUUACAUAGUCCAUCCACAAUACUUUUCCAUCUGUUCCUGUCCUGGGCUAGCUUUGCUAGUUCAGUUCAACUUCUCUUUAUCUCUGCCUCUUCCAAGUGGCUCUUCAUCUUCCUCUUUUCCUGGUACCUUAAGGAUUCGAGGUCAGGGCCUGUCUUGUGAUGUUAGUGUUUGGUUUUCUUCAUGUGUGCCCUAACCAACUCCAUUUUCUCUUUUGUAUCUCCGUUUCUACUGGAACUCUUGCUGUUUUCUCCCAAAGGAAAGUGCUACAAAUUUUGUCAAACCAUCUUAUUUUGAGGAUCCUUCACAAGCCACUGUUUAUAAAAACCUGCACUUUUAAAAAACGGUCUCUCCAGAUGUUAUUUUAGUAGAGCCAUUUCCUGUCCAUCUUGCCUCACUUAUUCCUAAGAUGUCUACCCUGAAUCUCCUGUGUUCCAUAGUCACUUCUUUUGUCUUCCCCUCCUCUCACAUCGCUCUAACAUUCCAGGUGCCAAUCCUGGAACUUUUCCUUAGCAUCGGACAGGAAGUUGGCAAGUCAGCUCCCUUUUGGGUUUGGCUAACCCAUGUCAUAGUCCCUUUAUGAGGAUCUGCUCUCGCUGGGGUUGGAAAACAUUUAUUGAUUGUGGAUGUUUUUGUAGUGGUAGCUGAGCUUCUUGCAAUGAACAGGUUGCUGGCUCAAUGCUAAGCAUGAUACAAUAAUAAGACGCCUUGUAUGACGUGCUUGCUUGGCACUGACUUAUUCUACUCCAAAAUUAGGUCCCGUUAGUGGAACGCUGGGACAGCUGUCAUGCUGCUUGAGUCCUAAAAGUAAUAGAUAAAAAUUUUUGGAAAAUUAAAUUUUUCUUUUAAAAUUUACUUUAGUUUGGGGUUGAAAAGGUUUUGGACAUGAGUAGAAAACAGGUGGUAGAGACUUGAAUUUGGGUUGAGUAUAUUGAUACCAGGUAUAAAAUUAUUUGAUUAUUUUACUAUAAAAAAUAUGAUUCAAUUUAUAAAGAGUCAAUUCUUUUUUCUAUAACUUAAACUUAUUCUAUUUUCAAUUAAAUUUUCAGGACAAAACAAUAGUGAGCACCCAGCUGGGGUGCACUCUUAUCCAUUUGUUUUACAUUUGUUACCAACUCUGCCUUCAUCAUACGAGGGUCGCCGAGGCUAUGUUAGAUACUUCUGCAAGGCCACCAUUGAUCGCCCUUGGAAAUUUGAUGAACACACAAAGAGGGCCUUCACUGUUAUUCACCAUUUUGAUCUAAAUUCUGAACCAACAGCUUCAGUGAGUACAGUUAUCUUAUAAAUUUUGGUGCUUGGUGCUAAUAAACUAUGUUAUGGAUGUUAAAUGGUAAUAACAUUUCAGUUUAUCAGUUUCCUGACUAUGGUCUAUGAAAAUGAUUGUUUUUUUUUUUACAAAAUUAUAAUUAACUUUAAUUAUUUUAUUUAUUUGUUGUUCAAAUUACCAAAACAUCUCAGAUUUUUAAAUAAUAUUAAAUGCAGCCAUAUUAUUUCAGCACUUUGCCUUUGUGAAUUUAGGUAGCAUGUCUUGUGCAAAUCAAUGUGGUCAUUUUUACAAAAAAUUGAUGUGCCUGUCCCAGGUGUCCUGGCUUGGUGAUAAUAUGUAGAAAUCACUAGAUACCCAGCCCUCAUGAACUUAGUAAAUCUAUUUAUCUUUCUUUUUUUAUUCCAUCUCACCAUCAGGCCUUUCUUCUUCUUCCAAACUAUGAUUGCAUAAGUUUUUUUCAUCCAUUUCUUAAAAUCACUGAAUGAAGAUGUUAAUUUAAGUAUGCAUCAGCAACUGUUUUUUUUUUAAUGUAAUGUACUAUUAAGUGCAUUGUAAUCAGAUUAAGAAAUGAAAUAUAACACUUAUUUAGUUAUCAAAAAAAUGAUUUGACUCAUCCAAAGGAUGUAACUUAAGUAGAAAUGUGUCUUCUGUAGCCCCGUUAAAAUUUUAUUUUUUGCACAUAUAUAAAUUUUAUUUAUUACUAUAGAAAUUAAUGAUGUGUCUUCUGUGGACCGGUGAAAUUUUAUUUUGUGCAUAUAUCUAAAUUUUAUAUUUUUACUAUAUAAAUUAAUAGCAUGCAAUGAUGUCAAAUGAGUUUGAUACUUCCUUUGCAUAUUUUAGCUAUCAUUAUUUUAUUAAGACUAAUUAAAGUAUUGAUUUUUGGAAGCCACUUUUUUAUCAAUAAUUCUAGUAAAACUUGACUUCUCAAAGCUUGAUAUAUCAUUUACUCCAUGUACUAUUUUUAGAUGCCUAUUUGGGCUGAACAAGAAGAGUCUAUAGAAGGCUGUUGCUGCUCAUCUGGCAACAUCCAGGCCCGCAUGACCCUAAACAAGACUGGCUAUGUUCCUGGUGAACCCUUGAAUUAUACAGUUGACAUAAUUAACAAUACAGAUAGCGAUGUAACAGGUCUGGAAGUUGACCUCAGACAGGUUAGUUAAAUGCUUUCAAUGAGAUUAUAUCUGAUACUCUAGUCACAUGAUUAGCAUUACAUUUACUCUAUAAACAAUUUGGUUAAAGGCUAAAUAUUUUUAAAUAACACAGGUAGUUAGAAUUGUGAAAUGAAACCUUCUGUGUCUGUUAACAUUAGCAUAAGCAUGAAAGGGGCAGUUUUUCCUUUUAGUUUUUAUUUUAAAAUCAAUUUCAUUUUCUUUUUUGUUUUAUGAAACUACUCUACUUUAUAAGGUUUAAAUUCUACCCUAAAUAAUAAUCUUUUUAAAAAAAUAAUAAUAAUGCCAUGUUUUUAAAUGCUGUGCAUAUUUUAAGUAUAUUUGAGAUACAAAAUUAUUUUGCUGAAUGUCAAUGUUUACAUCAGUUAACAUGGUGUUCAUUUCAUUUGAUCUUUUUUUAGUUUUUAUUUGAAUAAAAAUAGUUAAUUGUAUCAUUAUUGUAAUAUAGUAAUUUCAUUUUGUUUCAAGUAAUGCAACAUUUGUUAAUUGUUUAAAACUCGAAUUUAUGUUCAUUUGAAAUUUCUACUCUUCUUUUUAGAUUGUUAAAUACACUGGCUACUCUGACAGUAUAUUUUCCUCGGGACACCCCAAGUUUCACGUAAAGACAGACAACUACCCACUAUUCGCGGGACCAUUCCAUGCCAAGAAACAUUCUGAGGCACAUAUAAGUCGAUCUAUAUGUAUACCUGCACUUCCACCCUCUCGCCUAGAGGGGUGUGGCAUUAUUGAUAUAACUUAUUUUGUCCAUGUGAGUUACCCGUGAUUAACAUAACUUAUCUUAUUUUAUGCAACAAAAUACACAAGCACAUUGAUUAUUUAUUUGUAAUUAUCAGUUCUUUUUAUUUUUUAAAAAAAUCAAAUAUAAACGUAAUCAAAUAAUUCGCUUAAUUAAGUACAGCAUGUUUUUGUAAUUUUGACAGAAUGGAGAAAGUUUUGAUGGUUUGUUAUUAACUUGUUAUCUCUUCUUUAAUCUUUAAAAACAGUAAAUUCCUCACUGUAAUUUACAGCAGUCUGAAAAUUCUAGUUGUCAGAUUUUGCACACAAAAAAAAUGUGAAAACUUUUUUAAAAAUUCAUUCAUUUUCAAAUUAUACUUUCCUUAUGCCACAAUUAUAUUCUAUGUAAAAAAAAUAUUUUUUUUAGUGAAACUAUGUGUUGCAUAUUAAGAUGAACAACUGUAGAGGCUAUACCUAUAUAUAAAAAAAAGGGAAAUGCAUCAGAUUUUUUAACUACCCAUGCGUGAAACUAACAUUAUUAGAAGCUGACUAAAUAUGACUUAAACGUUUGUAAGUAAUUUGUACAAAUAUUACUUUUUUUAUGUUAAUAUCAAACUAAAUCUUUUUAGAUGCAGCCUCUAGUAAGAUGGUCGUCUCUUCAAAUUGAAAAGGAGAUCAUAAUUGGCACCAUACCCCUUCAGAGCCCCAUGGCACCCCCACCAUCUUUCAAUGAAGUGUUCCUUGGUGGCGUUUCCCCAUCAGCACCUCCAAUGGAUCUGGCACCUCCACCCUACCAAGAACGUAAGCAAUAAAGUACAUCUCAAUGGACUUUUACAAAAAACAACCGAAUGCAGGGUUUAGAUUUUAGCAACCUGUUGGUUGAGUUAUUUUGAUGACGGUGUAAAUGAUCAUUUUAAAAGCGUAUGUCGAGUAUCUGAGGUUGUUAUAAAUGCACUACCUACUAAGUGAUAUAGACUAGAAGUCUGAAUAAAUAAUUCAUAUUUCUAUAUGUCUGUGUACAUUUUUUUUUUAAAGUGUUUAUCCAGUAUCUGAGGCUGUUUAUAAGUGCACUACUUAUUAAAUGAUAUUUGACUAGAAGUAUGAAUAAAUAUUUCAUGUCUAUGACUGUGUAAAUUAUCAUGUUAAAAGUGUAUGUCUAGUAUCUGAGGUUGUCAUAAUUGAAUUAUAUAGACUAGAAGUUGGAAUAGUCAUAUGUUUAUAAGUGUGUUGCGUAAAUAUUCAACAGCUCCUCCAACAUAUGAAGAGAGUGUUUUUGGCCGUGUUGAAAUCAGGGAUGAGAAUGAUGAUGCACACACAGAAGGAAAUUUGUCAUGGGCUCCAUCAUAUCCAUACUAUCACUGGGACCCAAACACUAGGCACUUUCAGGUGAGCACGUCAAGUUUUUUUUCUAGAUUCACAAAUUUCAUUUCACUCAAAGAAGCUUCUGUAUUAAUUUUUGUGAAACAUUUUAUAAUGACACUUCUAAUUCAUAAAAUGUAAGAUUAAAAUAGCUCUUCUUCUCAUCAUAGAUGAUUGCCUCCACCAAUGGGCCAUCAGUUGAUGCGAACAGUUUGCCCUUGUACAGCCCGGUUGCCCCACCAGUGCUAACACCUUGCCCCUCGUACAAUCAGCUAUAGGAAGUCUUUUUGGUAAACCACUGUUUUGUAAUGACAUUUUCUCUUUGAUCUGCUGUCCAAAAACCAUUUAACUCAUAAUUGGAGGUUCAUUUCAUAUCCUGAUUAAUUGUGACCUGAUAAAUAAAGGAUUAGAUAAUAUAAGAUUAUAUUAUUUUACUGAUCCAAAACAAUGGAAUUUUUUUUUAUUAUUACAAUGUACAUGUUCAUUUUCAGCACUUAAAUAAAUAUUCCUACAAUGGCAAACAAUUUUAGAAUGGAACAAUUUAACAUGAGACAUCUCUAAGUAUUUCUCAAGCGCAAAAAAACCAACAACAAAAACAGCCGUCAUAAGCCAUGGAACUUCAGUCAAAUACUGACUUUAAGAGUAAAUUAUUUAGAUUUUAUAACAGUUGGGGAGCACACUGGAAAGUUCUGACAGAUUAGGAAACAAAUUAAUUUUAACUGUCCUACCUUUGAGGGAAAGAAUAUGCCUUGAUCGAGCUGAUCCUAGUUAUUUGUGAUGAAGAGGGUGGGAUGCACCGCCAACAUUUUUUUUAGUUUUACAAAUGCAUAUUGCUUCAAAAAAAAACUUCAAGUGAAGGAUUUUUUGAGGGAUGUUACUUGCUUUCUUAGUAUGUCAAUUUAAUUGGUGUUUGGUGAGAAGUGAAGAAUUCCCACAACAGCAUGUAAUACUAAAGUUCAGUAGGCUUCUAAUUGUUGCACUUUAGAAUAGUCUAAUAAUUUUAAUACAAUUGCCAAAAUUUUAAUAAUUUUUUAAGAACGACAAUUCUUUGGUUAACUUUUUUAAAUAGAAUUCAGUCUUUGUUUUGCCACGGUAGCUUAUUAUUUAUGGUGACAAUUAGUUGCUUACAUGUUGCAUACUUGCUCUAUAUCGGUACUGUGUUGUUUGGGGGGUUUUUUUUUGCUAUUUGGCUAGCCCUGCUUUGGAAAUCAACAACCAUUUCUUUGGUUUUUGAGACAUUCAAGUGAAAAAUAUUUUCAUUGCACUAGGGGAUAAAACUUUUAAGUAAGUUGCCAGUUAGGGUAAGGUAUAAAAAACUUUUAAUUAUGUUGCUGGUUAGGAGGGUUAGGUAUAAAAUUUUGUUCAUUGAAAUCCAUUCAAAUUUGUUUUUAAACAUUGUGUUGGGCUCUUCUCUAAAUUCGAAUCUUUUUUUUUUUUUUUUUCAUAGAUUUUCAGUGCCCUGAAUUCUUAUUCAAAGUCAAGUUUUGAUUCUGGGCAUGUCAUUGACCUUUGUAUUUGUUUUUAAAUAUUUUUUUUGUCUUUUUUUUAAAUUCGAAUUUUUUUUUUUUUUUUUUUUUUCAUAGAUUUUCAGUGCCCUGAAUACUUAUUCAAAGUCAAGUUUUGAUUCUGGGCAUGUCAGUGACCUUUGUCAACCACGGCAGCCUCCAAUGUUUUGAAGUUUUUUUCAAGAGCUUGCAUGUGAAGCUUUUCCACAAUAGAUGCAGUGUACAUAUGAUUUAUCUGCAGUUUUUCUCGUUCUUCAUGCCUUUUGAAGGUAAGUGGUGACUACAGGGAACAUCACUCAGACAGUGUUUACCAUCACUAGGGAUCCACUGAAUGUCACUUGGAAUGCAUUGAACUUCACUAUGCAUACACUGAACAUUGAAAUGAGUACAGUGAACUUUGAACUCAAUGAAGGUCACCCACAGGUUGAGAACAGGCUGAACAUUGGUGUUGGAUGUUUAACAUGGUAGCUCCACAGUUUAUGCAGUUCGUUGCCAGUCAUUAAUUCAGUAGUGUACAUUUUUUUGUUUAGCCAUGCAAGAGGAAAAAAAGAUUCUUGUCCACCGACAUCAAGGUCUCUACUAAUUGCGUCUUCUGUGUUCAUUUCAUCCCAUCCUCGUGUACAACGCUGUCUUAUGUUUAUAACUUAACAAGUUCACAACCCAUUUAGAGCUCCUUCUGGAUGCUGAUGGAUAUAUAUAUGCCAAUUUAGGUCAAGAUCCACCAAUCCAUGUAAAAACGUAUGUGGAACAAAUCCACAAACAAACAAACAAAGUUUCACUUUUAUAAAGAUAUACAUGAUUAUUUAUUUUUUUAAAGUAACCUGUAUGCCCCACCCUUGUUUUAUUGUACAUUUCUCAAACAUGAUUUAGAGCUUGUAAAUGUUAUAAGAAAGAAACAAGGCAAUGGCUCUAUUCGUUGUAACCUUUACCUCCGCUUUGGUUCAUACUUUAGUCAUGAAACACGUAAAAAUACCCCCAUGCUAUUAGUUUAUGUAUAUAUGUUUUCAAAGGCUGUGAAUGAAACAUUUUAGUGCUGUGUGAUAGAUGAUUAAGAUGACCUUAGAAUGUGUAGAAUUGUUGGAAAUGUAUACUGUUAUUCACACUGUGUUCGUUUUUUAUACUAAAUACAAUAUUUUGAAGCUGUUUAAAUUUUAAUUACAAAAGGCUGUUAAUAAAAGAAACUAAGAAAUACAAAAAUUACAAUAUAAUGAAGAGGAAAUGAAAAUGGCCAAUGCAAUGGUACACUUCAAAUACAAAUGUCUAUUGCAUGAUUUUAUAAAUCAUGUUGGACCACCACUGAUUACAGUCCACGCUUUGAAUUUUGGAUGGUCUCCUGAAAUUUUAUUCUAACUCUCACUAGGAAACAUGUUUGUGUCCUUGUACCUUUAUUUCAUGUAAAGUGUAAUUUUUUUAAUGGACUUCCUGUAUCCUCUAGUCAGCAAUGGCUAGUCAUUGAGUAUGAAACUGACAAAUUCCUGUGUACUGUAAAAUUAAUAUUACUUGCCUUAACUUUUAAAAAAAUGUUUUCUUUAUCUUUGAAAGUUUUCAAUUGCAGGGGAUCUCACACUGUAAAUCCAGGCCUUAUUGUAAAAAAAAAUUUUUUUUUUUUUUUUAAACUAGUGAUUAGGGCAUAUCUUAUGAUGUAUUAAUAUUAAUUUUAAUGUAGACUUCUGUUCUGUUCUCAAAUUUGUGUAACUGAUAUGUAAUUUAAUUAUGCAAUUUUUUGUAACAUUGUGUUUGAACCUUUAUGUGCAAAUGUCUGUCAAGUUGAUCAAGUGCUUAAAAGUGACACAUGCUACAAAAUCCGAACUGUGUUUAUUCAUUGUAUGUUGAUGGCAGGGCCAUACCUGACACAUUUUUUUUUACCUUUUCACUUUGUCACUCCUCUUGAGAAAUCAUUAAUUGUUAGUUGUAAAGUUUGUUAUUAAGUGUCUGUAAGCCAUGCAUGCUCUCCAUGUGGUGGUGAAAAGUGUC